GCUGCGGCGGACGUGUUGUUUUGGCGGCGGCGCUGGCUGCUGAGGAGCCAACCGAGACCCAGCGCCUCACCAGCACCGGCUGCGGCGGGCCCACCGACCGCGUCGCCACAGCCUUGUCAAAGAGGAUCUUGUCUGUGACAACACACAGAGCACCACCUGCGGGGCAGUGUGUUUUUAGUGUGUUGUUAAAAGUGUGCUCCCUCUUGAGGCCAGCCUGGGUCAUCCUGCAUUCAAGUUUGGACAGUUUUGAAUCUGCUGCAAAUAUCCUGAAAAGUACCAGCAACUGGGAAAAGGUUUAACCGAUGCCCAACUAGCAGAGAAGUCAGAGCCCUGGGGAACCUUAGGAAUCAGAGAAUUUAGCCUCUUCACUUCACAGGAUUAAUUUAUUUUUGGAAAUCAAGUGCAAUAUUAAAAGGAAAACAAAACCACACUACAUUAUUGGAAGCCAUUUCUGCUAAUUUUAUUACAGUUUAAAAUUUAUGGUUUGAUUUGAAUACUAUCAUGGGAGGAGCUGUGAGUGCUGGGGAAGAUAAUGAUGACUUAAUUGAUAACUUAAAAGAAGCCCAGUAUAUCCGCACUGAAAGAGUGGAGCAAGCCUUCAGAGCGAUUGAUCGCGGAGAUUACUAUUUGGAAGGCUACCGAGACAAUGCGUACAAAGACUUAGCCUGGAAGCAUGGCAACAUACACUUGUCAGCACCUUGCAUUUAUUCUGAAGUUAUGGAAGCCUUGAAACUUCAACCAGGAUUGUCUUUUCUUAACCUGGGAAGUGGAACCGGAUAUUUAAGUACAAUGGUGGGCUUAAUUUUAGGUCCUUUUGGAAUAAAUCAUGGGAUUGAACUUCAUUCAGAUGUGGUGGAAUAUGCCAAGGAAAAGCUGGAGAGCUUCAUCAAAAAUAGUGAUAGCUUUGAUAAGUUUGAGUUCUGUGAGCCUGCAUUUGUGGUUGGUAAUUGCCUGCAGAUAGCAUCGGACAGUCAUCAGUAUGAUCGAAUCUACUGUGGAGCUGGGGUCCAGAAAGACCAUGAGAACUACAUGAAGAUUCUGCUGAAAGUCGGGGGCAUUCUGGUCAUGCCCAUAGAGGACCAGUUAACACAAAUUAUGCGAACUGGACAGAACACUUGGGAAAGUAAAAACAUUCUUGCUGUGUCAUUUGCUCCACUUGUGCAGCCAAGUAAGAAUGACAACGGCAAGCCAGACUCUGUGGGCCUCCCCCCCUGUGCUGUCAGGAACCUGCAGGACUUGGCUCGCAUUUACAUCCGACGCACACUUAGGAAUUUCAUAAAUGAUGAGAUGCAGGCCAAGGGGAUUCCUCAGAGGGCUCCGCCCAAAAGGAAGAGGAAGCGGGUCAAGCAGAGGAUUAACACUUACGUCUUUGUGGGCAACCAACUCAUCCCCCAGCCUCUCGACAGUGAGGAGGACGAGAAGAUGGAGGAAGACAAAGAGGAGGAGGAGAAGGAGCCGGGCGAAGCCUUGAAGCCAGAGGAGCCACCCCAAAACCUGCUGCGGGAGAAGAUCAUGAAGCUGCCCCUGCCAGAGUCUCUAAAAGCCUACUUGACAUACUUCAGGGAGAAGUAGCUUAGAGCAAGAAGAAAGGAUGCCUACUGAUAAUUCCUUGCGUCUUGAAAAUGUAGCAUUUGUUAGGAGUUGAAAGAAAGAAUUCUCUUUUAUCAGAGUGAAUUUAUAGUGGAAAAAAGUAUAACUUGUUUCUGUCUUAGUAAUAAAAAUGAUGUAUUCAGUGAUUAAAAAGAAUCCCUUUUAUAAAAUAUAUUUUUCUUUAAAUCUUGGAAAAAUUGCUGUUUUAACUCAGAGCAGCUUCAGGAGUGGAACUCAGCCGUAGUCAGGACUGGGUCUGCAGAUCCCCGUUUGGUUCCUGACAGAACUAGUUAGUAGUGGUGAGGGCUGGACUUAACUUCCCUCAGGGAGACACAAUCAUGAAGCGCACGUGAUCGGAUUUGAACUGCAGUCGUGCGCAGUUCCUGCAUGGGAACUGUCUAGCAAGGAAGGCAGACGCUUUGCAGACCCCCUACUUGCGUUGCAGUCCCCACUGCCAAGUUGCUGUAGACCUACUCCGGGCAAUGUAUGAGUGCAAUAACAAUGCAGAUACUGAAUAAUUUAGCUUUAAAAACCCACGUUUCAUGGAAUUCAACAGCACCGCUACUCUCGCUUUUGAAUCUGUUGCCAAAAGACAUGGGGAAAACGUUUGCUUCUCUCAUCAAGAUUUUAAGAGCACAUCAAGUGAAUAUCAGAGUAAAACAUACAUGCUUAAUGCAGCUCUUAGUUUGUAUGGACCCUUGACAUUUUCAGUAUUUAAACAUGAUGAGGCUGUGUUACUCCGAAGUUUUAGAAGGUAGUGGUAUAUUUAGGACUGUUUUCCCUGUCGUCCACUGUAUAGAGUAUUUGGUUCAGGAGAGGCAUAGUUCUGUGUGACUGUCGAUGGCUCGUGGGUGAGUUAGGCUGGAGCGGGCUGGCCACAGGUGCACUUUAGCAGAGGGAGCUUCUGGCUGGUUGCAGGUUUGCCCUGGGAAGGUAGGGCAGAACAGCCUGCCCUGGUCUGAAACUCACCUCUGUGGUGUCGGGAGCGUUCACAGAAAUGACGUGUAGAUGCCUUUUGCUUUGAAAAUCCGGAAUCAUAGUUUAAUCUUGGGACCUGCAUUGGGCUCAUUUAACUUCUUCCCGUGUUUUUAUUUUGUGGUUGUUUCUUGUGGUAAAAUAACAGUGAUUUUCGUUUUUCGCUUAAUAUCACAUACUUUAUUCAUUAUUUGAAUGUCAGUGGUAAAACAGGUAGUAAAUGCCAUUCUUAGCUUACUAGGGCCUGCAGAGUCCUUCCUUGCUUAGGAAAGUAAACAGUGUAGCCUAUUUACUGUUUAGUGUUCUGAUGGGUUAUAUGUAUUUAUAGAAGGAAGAAUUUUGAGAGUGUCACUGCCACCAGCAUCACUGUUACAACUGUUGAUCAGACAUGCUUGAGGAAAUGCAGUCACAGUGCAGUUGAAGGACUAUGAUGUUCUGCAGAGGUUCACACAUGGAUGGUUCCAAAAACACCUCAGUUCUGAAAACUCUACACAUGUAAAAACAAGUGUUGGAAAUAUUCUGAGCAUGAAUUAUCCCAGGAUCCCUUUAGUAACGUCAAAGAUGAUUUCAUGGAAGCUGUUGGUUUUAUACCAGUGACUGAGCUGGGGUUUGGGGGUAUAGUGUCUCCACAGGGUUUCUUAGAUGACUACUAAGCUGUAGUUACUGUUACGUGCCCAUCUCAUUUCUGUCAAGGAAAAACAAUUGUUUCAUACAGUUAUCAUAUUAGAAAUGGUCAUUUUAUUUUGAAACAAAUGUGUUUUAGGAGAUUACUUGUACCUCCACCCUAGCUUUGUUGAUUUUGAAGCAAGUGUCCACGUAUGUAAAGAUAACCUUUUCUUAAAUGAUUUUACUAUUCAUGAGGGAAGUUUUUGUUAAGGAUAUAUUUGAAGAUUGACUUUUUCUUUCUUUUUUUUUUUUUUUAAAUUUUUAUUUUUUUGGCAUGUGGGAUCUUAGUUCCCUGACCAGGGAUUGAACCUGUGCCCUUGGCGUUGGGAGCACCGAGUUCUAACCACCUGACUACCAGGGACGUCCCGAAGAUUGACUUUUUCAUAUCAGCUUUCAUUCUGUUGGCCUUGGCAAAAUGUACAAUAGAUUUUCAUAAUCAUUGCCUAUUUUGGUCAUUGAAAUGUAUCUUUUGUGUUUUUAAAUGCAUUUGUUUUACAGUUGUGACUUUACUGUUGAAGAAGUAGAAAUAAAAAAUGAAAUUUUAAGUGAAAGCCCUUUAUUAAUGGGAAUAUAUUAGAGUGAUUGAGGAUAUUUUGGGUGUUUAUUUUUUAAUGAAUCAUGUUAUAUUUGAGUGUGAAUAAUUAUGCUUUAUAGGUGGAGAGGUUGCAAAUAACGAUGAAGUAAUUGGAAGGUGAUGAGCAGUGCAUUCAUGGGGUUUUACAGCGGGAUAAGCUUUAUUUAUUUUGAAGAGAGGAAGUAGGCCUGAAGGGGGGAGCAACACUUCCCUAAGUGAGACUUCCCUAAGCUGGUUGGAGAUGGCGUGAAAUACUGUCCAGCAUCUGAUAAAGUCCAAAAACUGCCAGCCACACUGUAACUACCAGGAAGGUCAUUUAAAUCUGUGCUGCUUGUUGGUUGAUAUAUCUUGGUUCUAGUAUUAAUAAAGAUGUCAUUAAAAUAGCAUUCAUAGUUAAAAUACAGAAAAUGUAAGCAUUGGUUUCUAGCUGUUUGAGAGGAUAAAAGUGAAGCAAAAGCUGUUAAAUUACAGGAAAACUUGGAAAAUUAUUUUAAAUAAACACUUGCAUAUAAUUAAGCAUCA